AUGCCUCACACCGGUUCCUGCCUCUGCGGCUCCGUCCAAAUCAAGAUCGCGUAAGUCCUGCUGACUUCGGGCCCGCCUUAGUUAAGUGCGAGCCCGCGGUCUCUGAUCGACCCCACAUCGUCCGAUUUCGUGUCCACUGCAGGUCGAGCCACGAAUCUCAGAUCGCUUGCCACUGCACCGACUGCCAAAUCACCUCGGGCUCCGCUCACUCCACCAAUAUCCUGGCCAAGCAAUCUGGUCAGUUCAGAGUUCGAGUAUCACGGUAUCACGAUCGGGCAAUUUCGCCCUCAGUGGUGGACGUCGUCGAGUCCAGCGUAUUUAAACCGCAAUCAACCUCGUGUACUUUUCUUUCCUCUUUGACAAGAUGUUGAGUUCAAGGGCGAUUCGGUCAAGAACUACGACAGCAAGGCGGCUUCGGGCAACACUGUAACCCGGGUCUUCUGCGGAAACUGCGGAUCUGCUCUCGGUAAGUCCGAUCGGCGCUUCACAGUUUCUCCGCGCCGUGGAUAAUAUGACCUUGGGACGGGGAUCAGGGACGGGGAUUAACACUCCGCUGAGCCUCAUUCUACCGAUAUUGCAGCUCACAAGUCGAAGGCUUUCGGUGACUCCAUGGCCGUGCAGACCGGUACAUUGCCCGACUUCCGCAAGAUCCCGUUCGAAGCCGAGCUCUUCACCAAGGACCGCUGGACUGGCCUUCAGGCCAUCAACGACGCAGCGCAGAAGGAAACUAUGUAG